UAACCCUUCAUCAUCUUCUUCCUCCCUUCCAUUUCCAUUAAAAUACAAUCCAUUCUCUCUCUCUCUCAUCACCAAACCAUGGCUCAGAAGAGAGAGAAAGAAGAAACCGAGCUCAAGAUAACCGAACCACUUAUCCGAACCUCUCCCAUCCCUAACCUAUCCACAACCGACGACUCCUCCUCCUCCGUCUCCAUCUCUGACCAUCCUAUAGAUCGAUCCUCAUCUUCAACAAUCCUAUCCUCUCAUAAACCUAAUCAAUCGGAUACCAGAUCAGAUCCAUCAAUCGACAAUACAAACGAAUCUGAAUCCAGAUCGAGACAGUUUCUUCUACAACCCACUUCAGAUCGAUUCAGAUCGGUUAAUCGAUGCGCAGGUUGUCGGAGAAAAGUAGGACUGACAGGUUUCCGAUGUCGUUGUGGAGACAUGUUCUGUCCUGAACAUCGUUACUCGGAUCGACAUGAUUGUAGCUUCGAUUACAAGGCGGCUGGAAGGGAAAUGAUUGCACGUGAAAAUCCUGUUGUUAGGGCGGCCAAGAUUCUUAAGGUGUGAUGAUGAACAAUUCUCUGAUUGAUCCUAAAGGAAGAUGAAGAUGAUGAUGAUGAUGAAGAUUUGUUUCGAUUAUUAUUAUUAUUAUUAUUAUUUAUUUUUAGUGGAAUUAAUUAAUAUUUGCGUUUGAUUGGGGAAGAAGAAAAGAUGAAGAAUGGUGGAGGGGUAUGAAUGUGAAAAUUUGACAAGGAAUAGGGGGUACAGUUGUCAUUUGCAUUUAUUAUUCGUGGUGGUGGUGGUGAUUGGAACUUUAUUAGUUAUUCUAGUAUUUUUAAUUUCAUCCUCUUAUAAAUUAUUCACUAUUA